CAUGCGCAGCGGGACUCCCGGCCAACUCUGGCGCCUCUGGGGCCUUCGUUCUGUGGCCUGCAAUGGCGGGGUCGGUCCCGUUUGCGGGUUUGCUGGGGUUGCUACUUGUGUCUGCACUGCCCGGGGUCCUCGGAGACCGCCCCAGCCCCGACCUCCGGGCACACCCAGCAGGGGGCCAUGCCCAGGUCGGCCCUGAGGCCACGGAACCCCGGCGACGGUCGCCGCCCAAGGACCAGCGAGAGCGGGCCCGGGCGGGAGCUCUGCCUUUGGGGGCGCUGUAUACCGCAGCUGUCGUGGCUUUUGUGCUGUACAAGUGUUUGCAGGGGAAAGAUGAGGCUGCAGUUCUCCAGGAGGAGGAAGGCAAGAAGGAAUCAUCACAGUCAGAGCAACAGCUGGCCCAUUUGACACAACAGCUAGCCCAGACAGAGCAACACCUGAACAAUCUGAUGGCCCAGCUGGACCCCCUUUUUGAGCGUGUGACUACCCUGGCUGGAGCCCAGCAAGAGCUUCUGAAUAUGAAGCUUCAGACCAUCCACCAGCUGUUAAAUGACAGCAAGCCAAACAAGGGUGUGGACGUUCCAGAACCAGAGGCCAGCCUACCCUUUCCUGAGGACUUAUGUAUAGAAGAGGAGGCGGCGGAGGCUGGUGACAGUCAGGCCUGGGAGGAGCCCCUACACUGGAGCACAGAGACAAGAAACCUAGCUACUCUUUGGGAAGUGGAGCAGGGGCUAAGGAGAAGAUGCAGCAAGGCUGUGGGAAGGGCUGCAGUCACAGCCCCCGCCGGCAAGGAGAAAUGACCGCUGAAGGUUUAGUAAAACAAAGUCUGUGCUUGUGACUGGA